UUGUCAGCGUUAAUUAGGAGGAGCGAGGAGCUAGGAGCUAGGAGCUAUAGAGAUGGGAAGCGAGAUGAGGAUGCUGGCCGGCAUUGGCUUGGUGGCCCUCUUGCUGCUUCAGCUCACCGGCGGCGGCGGCGCACAGCCGCUGGUCCCUGCGAUUUUUACCUUCGGCGACUCCUCCGUGGACGUGGGCAACAACAACUACCUCAAAACCCUCUUCAGAGCCGACUUUCCUCCCUACGGAAGGGACUUCCCUAACCAUCAGGCGACAGGAAGGUUCUGCAAUGGAAAACUGGCGACGGACCUCACUGCUGAUACGCUGGGAUUCACCAGCUACGCGCCUGCUUAUCUCAGUCCGCAGGCGUCAGGAAGCAACCUGCUGAUCGGAGCCAACUUCGCCUCUGCUGGCUCUGGUUAUUCCGAUGACACUUCCAACAGUGCUCAUGCGAUUCCACUGUCUCAGCAGUUGGAGUACUUCCGGGAAUACCAGUCGCGGCUUGCUCAGGUGGCCGGCGGCCAGACGUCGUCCAUCAUCACCGAAUCCCUCUACGUGGUCAGCACCGGAUCCAGCGACUUCAUCCAGAACUACUACGUCAACCCUUUUCUCUUCAAGACGCAGUCGCCGGCGCAGUUCUCCGCCUUCCUCGUCGGCAUCUACGCAAACUUCAUCAGGGAUUUGUACCAUUUAGGAGCUCGCCGGAUCGGCGUGACCAACCUUCCGCCGCUGGGCUGCGUGCCGGUGUCGAUCACGCUGUACGGCCAUGGCAGCGGCGGGUGCAUCGGUUUCCUCAACGCCGCCGCGCAGGAGUUCAACAGGCAGGUCAACGCGUCGACAGAGUCGUUGACGCGGGAGUUCCCUGAUCUCCGGAUCUCGAUCUUCGAUAUCUAUCAGCCGUUCUAUGACCUCGUCAACAGACCCGCUGACUUCGGGUUCUUCGAGUCGAGGAGAGGGUGCUGCGGCACCGGAACAGUGGAGACGACGGUGUUCUUGUGCAAUCCUCACUCGAUCGGGACGUGCCCAAAUGCUACGGGGUAUGUGUUUUGGGAUGCGGUGCAUCCAUCGGAGUCGGCCAACCAACUACUCUCCGACUCCCUCAUCGGCCAAGGGAUCAACCUCAUUCUCUAGCCCAACAAUGUGCGUCGAUAUAAUGCAAAGGAGCUUAAGAGCACAAUAAAUUAAUUAAGUGUGUUAAUUGUUGAAAUAAUUAAAGUAGCUAUAUAGAAGGUUGUAUGUCACAAUUAAGUUGCAUAAUUAAUGCUUACUCGAAUUCCGUUAUAGGCUUGUGUAUUUAUUUGAAUACAUGAAUAAAAUGUAAAAAUGCGAAGAUAUUUACAUA